AUGGUUAAGAAAGGGGUACCCGACUGGCUCAAUAGCUCCCUCUGGUCCUCCCCGCAACCCCAAUCGCCGCCGGGUAGUAGCGACGCAGUUGAAUCCCAUGAGCCGGUCUUACGCGGCGCUGCAAAGUCUGCUGUGGUAGAGUCGAUUGUCGAGCCGCCGGUGCCGGUGCCCCCACCGACUGUAUCGAGACCAGUUGACCCACCAAGUUCUGUUCAUAGUAGUACUACUAGUGUGAAAGGGGAAAUUAGGGAUCCUUUGAGCAGUCAUAAUGGUAGUAAUUAUGGGAAUACUAAUAACAAUAAUUAUAAUAGCGUGGAGGAAAAUGGGAGUUCUUCUAACAAUUCUACGAUCGCCUCCAUUGCUGCUGUUGGUGCAAACGCUGGUGCGGCGGUAGGCCCUGUUUCUAGUUCUUUGGCUGAGGACAUUUCUUCCAAAGCCCAGCUUUUACAAGAGCUAUCAAGGAAGAUUAUAAAUAUGGGAGAACUGCGGAGGAUAACAUCACAAGGCAUACCUGAUGGAGCUGGCAUUCGUGCAACAGUGUGGAAGCUAUUGUUAGGGUAUCUUCCCCCUGAUCGUGCACUUUGGCCUUCAGAGUUGGCCAAGAAGAGGUCUCAAUAUAAGCAUUUCAAAGAGGAGCUAUUGAUGAAUCCUUCAAAUAUUACAAGGCAGAUGGAAAAAUCAAGUCUUGAGAACAGUGAACCAGAUGGAGAAGACAAGGGUUUUCUCUCAAGAUCAGAGAUAACUCAUGGAGAGCAUCCAUUAAGUCUUGGGAAGAGUAGCAUAUGGAAUCAAUUUUUCCAGGACACAGAGAUUAUAGAACAGAUUGACCGAGAUGUCAAGCGCACUCAUCCAGACAUGCACUUUUUCUCAGGGGACUCAGCUUUCGCAAAAUCCAACCAAGAGGCUUUGAAGAACAUAUUGAUUGUAUUCGCGAAGUUGAAUCCUGGUAUAAGAUAUGUGCAAGGGAUGAAUGAAAUUUUGGCGCCGUUAUUCUAUGUGUUCAAAAACGACCCUAGUGAGGAAAAUGCUGUCUCUGCUGAAGCAGACACUUUCUUCUGUUUUGUGGAGUUAUUGAGUGGAUUUCGGGAUAAUUUUGUUCAACAACUUGAUAACAGCGUUGUGGGGAUAAGAGCCACCAUCACAAGAUUAUCACAGCUUCUGAAGGAGCAUGACGAAGAACUCUGGCGUCAUCUUGAGAUUACAACAAAAGUCAAUCCCCAGUUUUAUGCAUUCAGGUGGAUUACACUCCUGUUGACCCAAGAAUUCAAUUUUGCAGACAGUCUCCUAAUAUGGGACACACUCCUGAGUGACCCUGAUGGUCCUCAAGACACACUGCUCAGAAUUUGUUGUGCCAUGUUGGUUAUCGUCCGGAGGCGCUUACUUGCUGGUGACUUUACGUCUAAUCUUAAGUUACUCCAACACUAUCCAUCGACGAAUAUAAGCCAUCUGCUCUAUGUCGCCAACAAGUUGCGUAGUCAUGGCACAGGCUAA